UCAAGAUCUCUUGUGAUUCAGAGAAUUUCAUGCAAGUGACAAAGACAUAUGUCGGGGGAAUACGAAAGGGUUUGUCAACUUCCGACUCGACAAUCAUGACUACUAUGGGUAUUGUAUCACGACUGGCUGCAGCUGUCAAAAAUAGGAGCCACUAUGCCCUGGUUGACCUUUUGUGUGGAGGCGUGGACCGGUUUUGGAAAUGCCUUUAAUAAUCAUCCGGCCAUUUACGACGAGACCCUGUGUUCAUUAUGCACCGAGUCAGAAGGUCUCACGCGUGUUCCAGCUGCUACUCAGAUGAUGCUAGGAAGUGUCGUUGAUCUUGCCCAGAAGGCUAUUCCUCGGCCAUCACGUCGAUCUUCCUAAAAGCACCAGCCCCUUCGACCUGGGUUUUUCUUUCCCCCUUUAGCAAUGACUUGCAGUGUCACAGCAAGAAGUCGGCAAUGGAAUCGCCAAGACCCUCCAAUUCCACGGGAUCUUGAGUACUCAAAACCCUUCGCCAUUGACAAUAUGACGUUGCUAGGCAUUCAUGGACGCAUGGACGCGGAUUCAUGGUCCUCAGUCCUACUGUGGAAGCGUGGGUGUGUUGAUCGCCAUUCGCAUAAAAGUACACAUCAGCCAUUGUUUGAUAAUGUUCACGUCAGCCAGCACUGGGCCAAUCGGUGAAUAGGCCUCUCUUCCAGCCUCAGCCAUAUGGCUAUUCUUGGGUCCACAAAUUCCACUCUUUGGGUAUGGAGACGGCCGAGGGGCUGUCGAAACAUGCGGGAGGUGGUGGAAGGGCCUGUCGCCGAAAGGGUCUCAAGACUAAUUUGCCUCGCCGACCAAGGGAUUGCCAAACGAUAAAAGCAACAAUAUUGUCAUCAUCGUCUGAUCUAUUGAUAUAUCGUUCCACUUUCGCUGAUAUGAUCAUGCGCCGAUUCCCGCAUGCUACGCUGCUCACUUGUAACUCACCCUUGUUGAGCAGUCUCGUCAGAUGCAGCGGCAACAGCUUUCGUGAGACGCACAUCAAGUAUGUAUGUUCAUGGCAUCUUCAUAAUGGACGAGACUAGGAUGCGGUCAUUUGCAACCUGGGCACAAGUCGUUCCACUUGUGAAGCUCAUGAUGAGCCCUGUUUCCAUUUCUGUACCUAUUGACGCCACCAUUGUCCUCCACGCGACGCCCUUUUUCCGACGGAGGAGGCCAAUGAACUGAAUCAUAUCUCUAACUGCCACUAGUUUCUAUCGUCUGGGAAGUCGAUUCCCACCUUUGCAGUUUAUACAAGGCCCAGUUAUCAGUCAUUGUCACAGGCAAAGCGUCUGCAUGCCCUCUGUCCUUCUAUCUAGUCUCGUG